UUAAGAACGUGAUGACGUCUCAUGCGACUAUUAUGGGCUGUCGGUGAUUAUACUGGCCGAGGUUGUGGUGGAGGAGGAAAAAAAAAAAAAAAAGCAGAGAGCCGUGGGACAGAAGUAAACAUGGAGCUUUCGGCUGUCGGGGAGAGGGUUUUCGCGGCCGAGUCCAUCAUCAAGCGACGCAUACGGAGAGGGCGGAUGGAGUAUCUGGUGAAAUGGAAAGGCUGGUCUCAGAAAUACAGCACCUGGGAACCUGAGGAAAACAUUCUGGAUGAACGUCUCUUCGUUGCUUUCGAGGAGAGAGAGCGUGAAAGGGAGUUAUAUGGGCCGAAAAAGAGAGGUCCGAAACCAGAAACGUUCUUAAUGAAGGCAAAGGCUAAAGCCAAGGCAAAAAACGACCAGUUCCGAAGAGAAAUGUCACGAGAGAUUAGAGUUUCGUUCCCUGUUGCAGAACCAGUUGUCACGCCUCGAGCUCGAGAAGGGCUCCGAACUGUCGUUCCUACUAUCUUUCCUCCCAGCACUGUCAACAGGGGAGAAAGUGUCCGCGUUCGAUCACCAGAGCCCGAGAGAAGACCUCGACCUCCUGUAUCUCCAACCCACAGCCUUCUGGACUCCGUUAACACCCCGAAAAAGAGAGGACCAAAACCGAAGUUGCGUUUCCCUGUUAGUAUGCCUUCCAGCUCACCCACCGAAUCUGUUAAGAGGAGGGCAGACGAACAUUUAUCUUUUAUUCCACCUAAAAUGUCCAGGCCUGCUCAUCAUUUAGGAGAACCUUCCAACUGCAGUGUUAUCCAGUUAUCUCGGAGGUUUCAGGCAGAAAGCAAUAAGCCUCCAAAACAGCUUGGGUGUGGAUCGAGUAGCAGUGUUGCUCUUGGAGGCACGCUGCGAAAAACAUCUCAUGAUAUUUUGGGACAUGGCAAAAAGCAUUUCUCAAGCAGGCCGCCAUUUCUUCACACCAAGAGGAAACAUCUUUCCAAGAACAGUUUUUUUCGGCCUGACGACCUGACUGUCGAUCGCUUGUCUCCGACAUUUCCAGUGCCACAGAAUCUUGUAGGUGUGGAUGAAGAAGCCUGGACCCCGUGCCUAAUGAACCUGGAAAAAAUCAUUGUGACGGAUGUAACCAGCAACGCGUUGACUGUAACUAUCAAGGAGAGCACCACAGACCAAGGCUUCUUCAAAGAACAGAGAUGACUUGGGAACUUUUUGCUCCGCCAAUGUAAAUAGCUACAAAACAUUAUCAAUCCCUUAACAAUCUAUAUGUUUCUAUAAUUUCUAGACUAACUGUAUAGCAAGUCUUGCAAUUGUGUAAAUAUGUAACAACAAUAGUCUGAUAUACAUUUCCAUUCAUAUUUUCUAUGAAAAUUAAGUUUAUUUUUUUACUUCCCAAUAUAUCUGUAAUGUUCAGACAUCAGUUUGUAUGAGGUUUGCUUGGUCAGCUGCGGUGCGGGAAGUGCGGCUUUAGGCGCACAAUGCCGGCUCAACGCACUGCGCUGACUACGUGCGAAACCGCAUACUGGCGUGCUAAAUAGUAAUGGCACCGUGCAGCACGUGCUACUGUACUGUACUGUACUGCUCAUAACGCUAGUAGGGUUUUCACGUGUAGAGACGCUGCGCCUCUUAACUCACGGCACCUUUUAAACAGGAGGGAGCAGAUCAUUCCUCCUGUAAUAGCCCCUAUGUCCUUUAUUGUAUUGUGUGAAUAGAGUUUGUGUGUAUAUUUAAAGAUCUAGCAUUGCCAUGUAUUAAAGCACAAAGUAAAUAUGGAUUUACAUGAUGACCAAAUAUAUAUUAUACAUACACACGCAUGAAUGAAUUAUCGAACAAACGGGUGCGUGCGCUUGCGUUUGCGGUGAUCAUAUUUUGUAAAAAUGGAUAUGUUUUAAAAUAACCAAAGUGGUAAGUGGUCACCAUUUAUAUAUAUUCUUCGAUAUAUUUUCUUUAAGGUUUUUGGGUGCUCUGCAUAAUUUUUUUAUUAUAGCCUGGGAUUAAAACAAGCCAUUGUUGUGUAACAACGAAAUAUUUACAUUAGAUAAGAAAAAAAAAAGAAAAAACACGCCCGAGCGUCAUUUGUUAGUGUUUUUAAAUCAAUAUGAAGCUACUGAGAUAAGAUGGGAUAAGUUUGUUAGACAGCGCAUUGUUAAUCAUUACAUUUUUGUGUGUUUUUCCCCCCACACACACACAUUGCUUCAAAACGAAGGGUCGCAUUGAACAGACAAAUAAAUGAACAAAUAAGCAAGCAA